CGGGGAGAAGAGCGACGCUGCAGCUUUCUAUCCGAGAAGCUGUAAUAUCUCCCGCCUCUAAAACUACCCUUCGAUUUCCUCAAAAUCUCCAUCUCAUAUCCGGUUACCUCAAUCCGUACUCCAUGAUGAAAUCAGAUUUAUUCCAUAUUUACAUGAGGAUUUUCAUUUUCGUGGUUUCUUAGGUUCCUAUCAAGCUUGCUUCACCUUUCUCAAGAUCAUCCCCUUUCUCAAGAUCAUCACCUUAAAUCACAUGUGUGAUUAAAGCAAAGGUAGUUCUGUUUUGUACACUUAGACCUCUCAAUGGAGAACUUCCGUGAACAGCCAUCCCCUCCAGGUGUCAUGAUGAUGCCAAACAUUGCUUCAAAUUCGGCUCCAUACGUUUCUCCCAACUCAUAUACUCCCCAGCCUUCCGAAAACAUUAGUAGACCUCCGCACUCUUCUGGAAACAUUCCGUUUUCCAUUCACCCAUCCAAUGCAACCUUUCCUCCUCCUACUCAAAACUUCUACCCGCAUUUUCAUUCACCAACACAAUUUCAAUUUGCUCCAGGAAGAGCACCUGCACCAUGCAUGCCUCAGACACAUGAACAAAGGCCUAGUAACUCCCAACCCAUUGUCUUUCCUCAGCCCAGCAUGUCAGCCUAUCCAUAUAUCACACAAGCACCGAGUUCGGUAUCUUCUUACGGCGCUGUUCAUGGUACUAUGCACCCUCAUGUUGACAGAAAUGGUUUUCAGUUUUCCCAAGAAAAUCUUCAUGGUAGAGCUGCUCCCCAUUUCCCUGUAUCAACUCUCAAUCAUCAAAACUUGCAUCAGUUAAAUGAAUCCAGGGGUUCGGAUACACGGGAUAAGGUGGGAGAUGCGAAUGAGCAAGAACAACACACAGGACAGAAUGGGUCAGGAAGAUCCACCCAAUACGGCACAAAUCUCGUGGACCAGCAAUCCAGGACACAAUCUGAAUUGGGUGAUGGAAUUGGUCAGCAAAACAAGAAGCAGAAAAUGCAACAAGCAGCUGACGAACAGAAGCUGACUUCAGAAUGCGUUGUUGAUGGGAAUGUUCACAGCAAAUCUGAACAUUCUUUGCCGUCGGUCUCAGGGGAACGUGACCUUCUCCAAUAUCCGCAUAAAGAAGCCAUCACUGCAGACAUUGCCAGUCAGACAAAGUUCCCUAGAGAAGAUGCUGAUGAUAUCGAAACUGCUACUCAAGAUGCUAUAUUGCGUGAACAAGAAAUUGCCACGCAACAAAUCAUACAAAAUCAAAGGCAAACAAGAGGCGCAAGUGAACCUGCAGAGGAUGAUAAAGACAUUCUCUCUGGACGUCAUGAUCCCAAUGCUUUGAAGGAGGUUUUACUUAAGAUGACGACGGACCAUCGUGCGGAAAUGGCCUCCAAACGCGGGAAGUCUAGUCAUCCCGAUAAAGGCAACAUUGAAAUUGGCAAUGGGUAUGGUGUACCUGGUGGAGGUGCUUAUUAUGGUGCCUCAAGGCCCUCCAUGGUUGCAUCAACUAUAUUUAUUUGUUAUGCUCCAGGGAAAACUGGAGAUGAAAAUCAUGAAACAGGCCCCAAGAACUCCGAAGUAAACAAGGGGUCAGAAUCAAUGCGAAAAGAGUUGCCUGAGUACCUGAAGCAGAAGCUGAAAGCAAGGGGUAUUCUUAAAGAUAAUGUGACAAAUGGCCGUCCUGCAACAGAUGAGAAUAAGUUGGAGAUGCAAUCUACUCACACUGCAGGAGUCUUAAAGUUGCCCGCUGGUUGGGUUGAGGCAAAAGACCCUGCAAGUGGUUCUAUAUAUUUUUACAAUGAAAAUACUGGGAAAAGCCAAUGGGAGAGACCUGCCGAGAGUGUUAGUAGUCCACAACAACCUCCCUCUCUGCCACCCCUGCUGCAAGAUUGGGAAGAGGCAUUGGACGAUUCAACUGGUCAAAAGUAUUACUACAAUACAAAGACACAAGCAUCACAAUGGGAGCGUCCACAUUUGUUGGAGCAGGCAGCCUCAGAACAACAUGUUGAAAGUAUAACUUCCGGAGAGGAGACUGCUGGAAAGGGAAACUGUCAAUUAUCCGUAAUGAAGAAAUGCAUGGGAUGUGGUGGAUGGGGGAAGGACCUUGUCCAGGCAUGGGGCUAUUGCAAUCAUUGCACGAGGUCUCCUAAAUGCAGGGUUCUCAAGCUUCCUUAUCAGCAAUAUUCAAUUCCCAAUUUAAAUUAUCAGCAGCAAACAGGCAAUGCUGCAGGCUCUAAGGAGGUUUCAAGCAAAACAGCGGCCAAGCAUCGGUCAAGUUCAAAACCCCCAGUUGGAAAAGGCAACAGAAAGGACCACAAGAAACGUACUUACAGUGAGGAUGAAGAGUUGGAUCCUAUGGAUCCAAGCUCAUAUUCAGAUGCUCCACGUGGUGGAUGGGUGGUUGGCCUUAAAGGAGUGCAGCCACGGGCAGUAGAUACCACGGCCACUGGCCCUCUCUUUCAGCAGCGGCCAUACCCAUCACCUGGUGCUGUUCUGCGAAAGAAUGCUGAAAUCGCUGCACAAACAAAGAAAUCAAGCUCCCAUUUUGCACCUAUAUCUAAGAGGGGUGAUGGUAGUGAUGGACUUGGUGAUGCGGAUUGAAGGCCAUCUAAACCAGAUUAUAGAGUGAAUUUCUCUUGCCAUGACAGAACGGGGUGGGCAUAUAUACUGUAAGCAGCUGCAUUGGAAAUAGAUAAGCAAUAGCAAUGAAAAAAAAAAAAAAACCCUGUGUGGAUGAAAGAAAUGAUUCAAAAUGUAAGUGAGAAUGUUGUUUGCAGAAUCACCACACGCAAUUCACAUGCAACUCAUUUGCAUCAGAUGGAUGAUACCAGCUGUCCAUGUGUUCAACAGGAGGCUUGCUCCUUUGGACUCGGCAAAGGGGUGCUCGCCCCAAACAUGGUGCAGAUGUGAGAUCUAGGCUGAGCUUUUGGGCAGGUCCAUUAAUCAGGUGGGCUACAUGUGUUUGUGGUUGAAAGUGAACGGUUGCUGUAUUAUCUUUUAGCAGUCUAUUCAUUUUUCUGCCCA